CUGUCAGGAAGAUGCAGUUGUAAGUUUCUGGGGAGCCAGAACUUAUGGAGCCAUAGUGGGUUGGGGCGUUUACAGGUAUUCCAGGGAUGCACGCUGUGCUGGUUCCAAAGUCGCCCGGGGUCAAAGUAUUUUCCUAGAUAAAGCCCAACUCACCCAACUCCCCUGGUAUGCAUGUGCUGUUCCAUCACCUGUCUUCAGGCCUAGAGUCAACUCCCCCUACAAACAAUGACUACCCUGCCCCGACUUCUAUCUUUAGAUAGACCCUGGAGGUCCAGCAAGGCCCUCACUCCAAACCUCAGCUGACCCAAACAGUUGGAUAGAGAGGGCCUUAGCCUUAGGUCUGACUCCCUGGUACCUGUCUCCUGAGAGUCUGAGUGAGCCAAGUGCCCUCUGGGAGCCUAGGUCCCUUCAUCUAUCUGGGUUUCACUAUAGUCAUGGGUAAGGAUCACAAGUUCUGUGCAGUGUCAAGAUUAGUGUUAUUGGCAUUUGCUGGUUAAGUAAAACCAGGCUGGUGUUCAUGAAAUGUGGGUAGUUUAGGAGAAUUGAACAAAAACUUGCUGUGUGGCACCAGACAGGUGGAUUCCCCUCUCUGGGUUUUGGUUUGUUUGUCCAGCUGUGUUAAGGGAAGCCCAGAAGCCUGGCUUCUGAUAUCUAUGCAGCUAGCUGAACUGUCUUAUCAGGCUGUAUAACUGAGGUAUUACUGAGUAAGAAUAGGGAGGAGCAGUUGGAGACAUUUGGACUUUAGUUGGGAGAAACUGGGAGCCUCAGGGAAAUACUAGAUACCCUCCCAUCCGAGCCCAACCACAUGAAGGGUGAGGCUCAAUGAGUGGCCAGGCAAAUCCAAAGGGAUGAGUGUUAGCUAAGGAUGGAAUUACUGGAACUAACAGAAAUGGAUAGGGAAAUCAGAGAGGGCUUCCAGGGGAAGCAAUAUAGAUAAGCUUUGAAGGAUGUAUAGGAGUUUGCCAAGUAGAAAACCUAACCAAGAAGCCACUGAUGAAGAAGCCAAGUUUCCUUCUCCUUUGCUGGCACUUUGUGAAUAAUUCCUCCAGGAGGUCUCAGCCAAGCAUGGCCUCCCUGGGUUUUCCCCCAGGCCCCUGUGUGUGGUGCUGCUGAGUGCUCUGAUACUGGGUCUGCUCUUCGUGGCAGUCUACAGCCUAUCUCAUGGGGAGAUCACCUACGACCCUCUCUAUGCUGGGUUUGUCUGUAUAGCCUUGACUGUCCUGGAACUCACUCUGUAGACCAGGCUGGCCUCAAACCCAGAAAUCAGCCUGCCUCUGCCUCCCAAGUGCUGGGAUUAAAGGUGUGCGCCACCACUGCCAGGCUGAUGUUUCAAGCCCAAUUAUAACCUGAACUAAAAGCUAGUGGUGCUGAGAGCCUGUAAUCCCAACACUUGGGAAUCUGCAGCAGGAGGAUUUUUAUUUGUCCCAGGGCAGCCUAGGCUGCAGACCCUGUGUCAAAAGAACAGGACCAUUGUGUUGGCUUUAGCCACACCCAUACUUGGCCCUGUCCUUGCCAUGUCAAACCCACUUACCCGCUCAGUCCCACCUUCUCUGUCUCCAGUCUUUGUGAUCUUCUCCUUCACCUCGCUGGUGGACCUUGUCAUUGCACUCCAAGAAGAUGGCUACGUGGUGGGCUUCAUGGAUUUCUACACCAAGGAGGGCGAACCCUACCUACGCACCGCACAUGGCAUCUUCAUCUGCUACUGGGACGGUACUGUGCACUACCUGCUCUAUCUGACAAUGGCUGGUGCCAUCCGCAAAAGGAAAGGAUACCGGAACCUUGGGCUCUACUGGCUGGGGUCCUUCGCCAUGAGCCUCCUGGUGUUUCUCCCGGGAAACAUCCUUGGUAAAUACAGUUCAGAGAUGAGGCCUACCUUCCUCCUCGCCAUCCUCUACCUGCUGGUUCCAUGCUGGGCCGGCGUGAGGAUCUUCAACCAAUCCCGUGCACCAACCUCCUAUACCCCUGGCAUGGUACAGGAAGAACAGAAGAAGAGUCUCCUACAGCGUCCGGCUGACCUGACACUUACAGUAUACUUCAUCCUUGCUGCGCUUUUCACUGUUUUCCGGGGCCUGGUGGUACUUGACUGCCCCACAGAUGCCUGCUUCAUCUAUAUUUACCAAUAUGAGCCAUACCUUCGGGACCCUGUGGCCUACCCAAAGUUGCAGAUGCUGAUGUAUUUGUUCUAUGCUCUACCGUUCUACUGCCUGGCUGCAUAUGCCCUCACCUUCCCUGGCUGCUCCUGGCUGCCAGACUGGGCCUUGGUAUUUGCUGGAGCCAUUGGCCAGGCGCAGUUCUCACACAUGGGUGCCUCCAUGCACCCGCGCACACCCUUCACCUACCGCGUGCCAGAGGACACCUGGGCCACCUUCUUUCUGAGCAACCUGCUGUUUGCACUGGGUCCCCACCUGCUGGCUUUCCGCUGCCUGUGGCGGCCCGCCUUCUUCUUGAAUGAAGCACCGCGGUCUUCGCCCCAGGACCAAAUCAAGAAGCAGCAGUGAGCAUGCGCAUCUCUCUGCUAAGCUGUCUACCUGUGCUGCCUUCGUCCUUGCCCUCCGAGGGUGGGUUGGCCAUGAAAUGAUGGACACAUGGAGAAGCUGCAAUCCGAGCUGGAAAGGAGCAGAGGUGUUCUUGCUAUGUCACUGUGCCUCAAAGAUCACAAGGACGCUAACGCCCUCUCCUGGGAUCUAGCCAUCACCUCCUCCCAUACUUUUAAUAAAAGCCCUUCCAAUGUCUA